AUGACUACAUCGCCGGCAACACCAAGUACCCCUCAGCUUUCAAACCAAGGACAGGCUUUGACUUCCGACCGUGCAGCCUCAAUUGGAUGGUAUUUUAUUGAGUCGUACUACGAUUUCUAUAAUAAGAGUAUUGAAAGUAUCUACAAGCUAUACCAUUCUAAUGCGUUUGUUUCUCAUGCUAAUUUUCCAAAUAAAAACGAUGAUUCAAGGACCCUACACAAGGCCAGUGGUAUUGAAGCGAUCAAGAAGCGCUUUCUUAGUGAUGCGGCCUUAAAAGAAGGUAACAACAGAAUCGUAGUUACUAGUGCCGAUAUACAAGUUUGUUUGCAAGAUAAGAUUUUAAUUGUUGUAUUUGGGGAAUGGUCGAAGAAUAACUCACCAUUUUGGCAAUUUACUCAAACGUUUCUCUUAUGUCCUGGUAAAAAUGAGAACACAUUUGAUCUUGCUAACGAUAAUUUGAGGUUUGUUGACUUCGAAGAAUACAAGAAGCCUACAAAGGAAGAAGUAAUUGUUGAACCAAAGGAAGUAACUAAAGAAAAGCUGACUGUUGUGGAAACGAAGGGUGAGUCAAUCAAACCGGUCAAGCCCCAAGAGCCUAAGUCCGCCGCACCUACUUCAAAUGGAGAAUUGAAACAAGAAAAAGAAAAAGUGGACGAUGCAAAAAAGGAAUCGAAAGAUAUUAAGAAAGCAGAAACCAAUGCAUCAGAGCAAAAGCAGAAGCCACAUACUGAAUUAAAGUCUGAAAUUAGUCCUGAACCAAAGUCCGAGCAUAAGGAUGCACCAAAGGCAGAAUCAAAGGCAGAACAAAAGGUUAAAGUUGAGCCAAGGGUUGAGGCAAAGGUAGAACAAAAGGUAGAACAAACGACCGAGUCAAAACCAGAACAAAAACCCGAAGCCAAGCCAGAACAGAAACCAGAACAGAAACCAGAACAGAAACCAGAACAGAAACCAGAACAGAAACCAGAACAGAAACCAGAACAAGAGACAGAACAAAAGACGGAAGUAAAGACUCAGGCCACCACAACCGACUCACACAACGAACCUACAACAGAGUCAGAAGCUGAGCAAAAACCAGAACCAAGUAACGAGGAAUUUUCUCAAUCUUCUACUUCUCGUCCUAUAUCGUGGGCUGCAUUAGCUGCCCAACAACCCCCACCAUCGGCCAAGCCAUCGGUUAUGUCUCCAGCGAAAACCCCAGCCACUCUUGCCGUCAAGAAGACCCCGCCUAUGGCUCAUACCCAGCAGACGCAACCACCAGCUCAACCUCAACCACAACCAACUUCGAACGGUAAAUAUAAAAAAGAAGAUUGGUUCCCUAUCUACAUCCGUGGAGUCAAAGAUAUCGAUGAAGAUAAAUUGAAGAAUCAUUUGACUAAGAAGUUUGGUGAGAUUAAAUUUUUCAGAGUAUUUGUCAAUAUAGCGUUGUGUGACUUCGUGGAAGGCGAGGCACAAAAGAAAGCACUCGAAGCCAAGGAAACAGAAGUCGAUGGCUAUGUUAUCCAGUUAGAAGUUAGAGAAUCUAAGACUCAUACUGGCAAUAAGGCUAAUGUAAAAAAUCCAAAAGAUAAAGCCAAUAAUGGCACCACUAAUGAAAAGCGUGGCAGGAAUGAUAAAAAGCAAAACAGUAAGAAGAAUAGAUCAAGUUCCAGGAACUUAGACUAG